CGGGUAUUGAUUGCUGGCUUGCCGAGCACAAACAAAACGUCGGUGUGGAUUGUUUUGGUUUCUCAUAUUUAUCCAAUCGCUCGUGUUGCUGCGGAAUUGUGGAGAGAAGUCGACAAGUCAGAUAAGCCAUGGAAUUCCAAUAAAAUACAAAUAACGAGAUGCCUGUAACUCUAACCUCCGUGCUGGGCUUCAUCCCCAACGCACUCUGGGCCCCACUAAAGAAGUUCAUCACAAAGGAUGGCGUCGUGACGUUUGACCUGGCCUUCAAAAUAUCGACAAAGUACACUCCUGCCCUUCUCAUCGUGGGAGUCUGCCUCUCCUUUGCCAACCAGUUUGUUCGGAAUUUGGAAAUUGAUUGCGUCACGGACAGGUGGUGGGGCCAAUGGGGCUCUCCGUCCCGGUGGCAGUGUUAAUUCCGACCUCAACGAUUACUGCUGGAACCACGACACGUUUCUCGUCCUGAAGGCGCUGGAACCCGAAAUGCAGGGAGAAGUUAGCUACCCGGGUGUCUCUGGUUAUCGAAAAGAUCGAGAUGGAGUAAUUCGACAAAGAUAUUACAAAAUAGUUUGGAUGAUUCUGGUGAAACUGGCGAUCUUUUCGUUCCUGCCGUACUUCUUCUGGAGGGCACGAGGAGUUACCAAAAUUAAACCACUUUUGGACGUAUCCUCAGACGUCACUGAGGACAUCACGGAGCAUGAGAUUCGGGUCAAAUUUUUUCUGGAAAGUGUCGGAUUUAACGAUACAUUUGGGAUAUAUUACAUCUUCUGCAAACUAUUCGCCACCCUGACGCCCGUGGGAGAAUACGUUUACCUUUGCGGCGUCAUCGGUCCACGCUACAGAUAUUUUGGGGUGCAAGUCUUUGCCCACUUUUUGGACGAGACUGCACCUUGGCCAAAUCCGAUGGAUGUCCUGUUCCCCAAGAUGGCAAAGUGCAACUGGAUAGUUUAUGGCUUCGGAGGAGAUUCUGAAGUUAAGUCGGCCAUUUGUCAGCUCCCAAUGAACAAUCUUACCCAAUGGACGUUUUUUGUAUUCUGGUGGUGGAUGGCGUUCACCUUUGUGGUCAACAUCCUAUCACUUUUGAGGGUCAGCUUAUUCAUGUGUGGCCUGUAUCGGAGGUUCAGUUAUAGAAAAUUUGUCUCACGAGCGUGCAGGGACGAUGUGGAGAAGGGAAGAAGUUCCAGGGAUCAAGGUACUGGGAAAUUGAAGAAGUUUAGCAAGUCGGACAUUAUCAUGGUGAAGUUAAGCUUUGGAGAUGUGAUGGUUUUGUCAUUCAUUAAGAGGAAUUUACAAGAAUGGGAAUUCCGUGAACUUAUCAGAACCUUGGUCACCACUAAAAAUCAUGUCCUACAAAUGAGGAGCCCUACCAUUUCUAAGCCACACAAGAACCCGCUUUCCUUCAAAAAAGCUAAGCAAGAAAAAUUGGAAAUGGGGUUCAUCAUGCCAAACUCGUCUUCCCCCCAAAUUUCAAUCGCACCCAGCGCCCCACUACCCUAUUCUGACCAGUCGACCGAAAUCAUAAUUGAUGAACAAGAGGAGGAUUCUAUCUCGUCCGACCCUUUGCCACCCGUUUGGCCAGUUCUUAAAGCCCCCGUGAAGGUGGAGAGACGAAGCACCUCAAAGGAUUUGGAAUCAAAGUCUAAAAAUAAAACAAAAGACAAAAAGAAUACCGGGUCAUUUUCCACCUGGGCGGACGAGUCAGCCAGCAAUUCAAAUACUACGUCUUACCACAGCAGUUACACACCAGCGAACGCAAAUUAUAACACCGAUGACAACGGCACCGACGCAGAUUGGGCGUAGGAGACUUGAAAUCAUAGGUAGAAAGUUUUUAAUUUACUCUACUCAAAAUUGUAAUAGAAAGUAAGAAUAUUUAUAGAAUUGACUAAAAUGAAGUAGUUCAUUUUUACGAUAGAAUUUAGAAUAUUAUUUUUCCCAAACAUUCGUACUUGCAGCAUCGUUUGUAUGUGAUUGAAAAUAUACUUAUACUCUUUUAGAUAACUAAAUAUGACCCAUACUUUUAAAAUUUAAGAUACAUAUGCAGUAGCUUUAAUCCAGAGAAGGUAUGUUUGUCUCUACAUUCGCACCUACUAAUUAGGUUAAUGUUGACCAAAUUCUCAUUAAGUUAAAGGAAAUUUCAUUGUAGAUUUUAUAAAUAAAUUGUUCACCUUUAAUAAACUUUGUAUACAGUGACGAUGAA